CAGUGUGAAUCUGGAUCGAACAUGGAAGUGUACGUGAACGCGAAAAGCCUUCGUUUCUCUCAAGCCUUUCUGUUUCCGAACGGUUCGGCGGUAAAACAUCUUCUGGAGCGGGUCGUCCAGCACCAGGGAGUUUGCUGCCAGGAUUUCUACGUGGUGACUGGGGGUCGUCGGUCGGACUCGGACGAGCUGCUGCAGGAUGGAUGUGUGUAUCACGUGGAGCCUCGUCUCCGUGGAGGAAAAGGAGGGUUCGGGUCUAUGCUGCGAGCUCUGGGUGCUCAGAUCGAGAAGACCACCAACCGUGAGGCGUGCAGGGACCUGAGCGGCCGAAGGCUCCGAGAUGUCAACCACGAGAAGGAGAUGGCUGACUGGUUAAAGAAGCAGGCAGACCGCGAAGCAGAGAAGGAGCAGCGGCGUGCAGAGCGCUUGCAAAGGAAGCUGUCGGAGCCUAAGCACAUGUUCGCCGACCCGCAGUACCAGCAGCAGUGCCACGACCUGUCGGAGCGCCUCGAGGAGUCCGUGCUCAAAGGUCUGCAGGCUUCGUCCAGCACCCAGGUGAAGGUCAGCGACGUCACUACCACCAAGAGACCGAAUGGGGAUCAGAGCGAGCAGCCACCACAGAAGAAGAAGAAGAAGGCGGCAGCAUGGGACUGGAUGGGUGUGGGUGAUCUGCCGAGCUCUGACGAGGAAGAAGAGGAGGAUGAGGAGGAAGAAGCGUCGUCGUCGUCGUCAUCCAGCUGUGGAGGUGUUGUUGCCAUGACAACACAGAGAAGAGAGGAGCCAGAGUCCAGCAGCAGCCCCUCCCCCACCAGACCCCCUGAGAGCAGGACAGACCAGACCCCCGAACCUGCACAGACCAGACCCUCAGAGGACCCGAGACCUGAAAGUCCCUGUCAGCAGCGCCCGGCCUCGCCGUCGUCAGCGACGUCCGUGGAGCAGCUGGAGGCUCUGGGCAUGGAUGCCCUGAAGGAGGCGCUCAUGUCUCGGGGUUUGAAAUGCGGCGGGACGCUGUCGGAGCGCGCUGCACGGCUCUUCGCCGUCAGAGGUUUGAGUUCCGACCAGAUCGACCCGGCGCUGCUCGCCAAGCCCGGCAAGAGCCAGAAGAAGUGAUCUUCGUCCACUCUGUUUGUAGUUUUUGUCCAAUCAGAGUGCAACACCUUCCACCAUAUAAUUAUUUUUCUUUUUUCAAUAAACAUCUGAAGCAAA